CUGUCGAAAUGGCACUGUGCCAGAUCUACUCAGUAUUCUCGACGAGCUGAGGAUGUACAGAGCCAGAGAUAUUAUACUUAAUUGGAUGCACGCUCAUUCACCACCUUCAGAGCAGCCUCCCUACCUUCCUCCUUCACAGCCUUCUCAUUCUCUUCCACCAUCUGCUUGGUUCCAUCCCAUCAAAGACCACACCAAGCCAGGUUCAGGAUUCAAACAUCUGCCUUUACCUGGCCCUCCACCUGCUGAGUUGGUGUCUGAAGAAGGGAGAGAGCACUCUACUGUUCCAGAGGCCCCUUCCUCACAGCCAGCAAGCCUACAAUCUGAGGAUCUGUACAAUUCCCUCUCCUCCUGCGCCAUGUGCUGGUCAUUUGAGGAGAUUCAGAGAGGAACAAAAAACUUCUCUUUGGCACGCCAAAUUGGAGAGGGAGGGUUCGGAAUUGUGUACAGAGCCACUAUGCGAAACACUGAUUAUGCUGUGAAGAAACUGAAAGAGGAUUCUCAACUUGACUGGACAUUAGUGAAACAAAGCUUUAAGACAGAAGUAGAGAAACUCUCACUAUACAGACACCCUAAUAUCCUGGACUUUGCAGGCUACACCAUUGGGGUGGGAGCCCAUUGCCUGUUGUAUCAGUUUAUGCCAAAUGGGUCAUUGGAAGAUAGACUACACUGUCAGAACACUGCUGCCCUCUCCUGGUCACAGCGUGUGAGUGUGCUGCUGGGAGCUGCGAAGGCCCUGCAGUUUCUUCACUCCUGCUCACCAAUGGUCAUUCAUGGAGAUGUCAAGAGUUCAAACAUCCUCCUCGGAGAACAUCUGGAGCCUAAGCUGGGAGAUUUUGGAUUGGCUCGCUUAUGUCAAACCCCUAGCAGGGCUGCAGGCAAGACGACCACUGUGGCUCAUACUAAGACAGUACGGGGUACACUGGCAUACUUGCCUGAUGAAUACCUGAAGGACGGUCAGCUGGGAGUGGAGAUUGAUGUUUACAGCUUUGGAGUGGUUUUGCUGGAAGUGCUGACUGGCAGAAGAGCUUUGGGCGUUACUGGCCAGUCCAAAACUGUAUACUUGAAAGACUUGGUAGCAGACUUUGAGUGUGAUGGACAAGGCACCCGCACUGGAAAACACAGUCAGACUGAGUCCAUUUUAGGAGCAGCACAGCACAUCUGCAGGGAUCAUCUGGACUCUAAAGUUAUGACUGCGGGCAAACCUGCCCCAAGUGGGUCUUUGGAGAUUGCUCAGCUAGCUUGUCAGUGUCUGCAUCGCAGGAAGAAAAAAAGACCUUUGAUGGCUGAGGUGUUCAAAACACUCCAAGACCGCUAUACAGCUCAGACGUACUCUUGCAGAUCAACAACCAACAUGUCAUCAGUGCUUCCUCAACCCCUUCCUCCUAAGACACCGGCCUGGACGGACGCCUCUGUGGAGGCUCUUAGAUCUGAAUUCACAAAGCUAGGCCCUCAAGAAGACACGUACUGCUGCACUCAACAUGUCCACGUGCCUUCUCUCAGCUCAAUGUUGGCUUCGUCUGGACUUCAAAAAGUUGACAGGGACAAGGAGACAUUGGGCAUGAACUCUUCCCAGCGCUUUCCCUGUGAAUCGGAUGAGAGUCAGGGAUUUUCACAGUACUUAAGUUCUUCCGACUCGUCUUCGGUUUCAAAGAGUAACACCCCCGGGACAGUUUGGAGUCAGGGAGAUGGGGAUUACAGUUCAUGGGCAGUCCUGUCCCAGACCAGCUCAGCAGCAGGUUUAUCUAGUCAAAGAAUUGUGGAUAAUGCAGCCAAACAGCACUCAGACUUUGCAGAUGGUGAAGAAAGUACCCAAAGCCAGGAGCCAGUGGAGAGUGAGGAGUUUGAAUACUAGCCUACAGAUAACAGCCAUUCAUGCAAGACAAUAUUUACUCCACAUUUUAAAGUAUUUGCAUAUUUACAUAAAAGGUUGCUGUCAUAGGCCCUGAAUAUAUGUUAAAGAAAUGGGAAUGCUUUGAUGUCAAGGUAAUAAUUGUUUUGCAACCUUAAAAAACAACUUGAGUUGUAAUUAUGUUAAAACCGACUGUUUUGAACCAAUGAGCAUUUAUUAAGUUGCAAAAUAUUGUUUUUGUUAAUGUUAAAUUAUACAUAUAUUUUAUACUUUUGGAGAUAUUG